AUGGCCCUAAUUCAACUAAUUGUUAGUCUUGCUAUCCAGGAAUUUAUUAUAAUUCAGGUACAAAAUAAUGUCUUUGCGAUCCAACCUGUAAAACUUGUGAUGGGCCUAAUUCAAGUAAUUGUUUAUCUUGUUAUCCAGGAAAAUAUUAUAACUCAGGUACAAAAUAAUGUAUUUGCGAUUCAACCUGUUAAACUUGUGAUGGCCCAAAUUCAAAUAAUUGUUUGUCUUGUUAUCCAGGAAUUUAUUAUAAUUCAGUUACAAAACAAUGUAUUUGUGAUCCAACUUGUAAAACUUGUGAUGGUCCUAAUUCAAGUAAUUGUUUAACUUGCAAUCCUUCUUUGUAUUAUUAAUAAAGCAAUAAAUCGUGUGUAGUUUCUUGUAAUCAAGACUAAUUCCCAGAUUAAAAUCUUUAUUGCUAAUCAUGCGAUCGUACCUGUGCAAGUUGUGAUGGAAAAGACCCAAACAACUGUAAAUCUUGCUAUCCUAACACCUCUCUCUACAACCAAAGCUGCUAUAGCCUUUGCCCAAAUGGAUUUUAAAGUAUUUCAAACAAAUGCAAUUCUUGUGUAGAUAAUUAUUGGACUCCAUAAUGCAAUGCCUGCUAUGCAACCUGCUAAUUAUGUGACUAAUCGCAAAUUCCAAAUAAACAAUGCAAUUCUUGCUAUGGUGAAACUAGAUAUAUUAAUGCAACAUAAAAUUGUGCUUGCAAAAAUUCAAAGGAUUAAAGAGAAAUAUUUUAUUAAUGCAGUUACUAAACCAUUGCAGUAAUUGAUGCAUAAUUAAGCGCAACAUCUCCUUUACUUACAAUUGAUUUAGGAUCUCCCUUGA